GGUAUACGUAAAAGCAUUUAAUUUUUAAUAUUUUUAUGCUGUAGACAAUUCCAAAACAGUAUAAUAAUGAGCCCGUACAAACGAAAGAGCGAUAGAGUACUAAAAUUUACGCAAGAAAUGUUAAAUAUGGCAGCCGAUAGAAUAUCAAAGGGAGAGAGUAAAAGAUCGGUUGCAAAGGCAUUGGGGGUAAAUGAAUGUACUCUAAGGAAGAGGUUGCGUGAAGGCACUGUUCCAACUAGCUUGGGUAGAUUUAAACCAAUAUUUUCGAAAGCACAAGAAAAAGAAUUGGCGGAUCAUAUUCGCGAUCUGGAGGCGAGAUUUUACGGACUUCGUAUGAAGGAUGUUAGAUCACUAGCUUUUCAAUACGCGAAACUAAACCACAUUUCUCAUAGGUUUAACGAACAAAAUUUAAUGGCAGGGAAACAUUGGGCACAGGACUUUGCUGCUAGAAAUCGUUUAUCUUUAAGAGCUCCAGAAAAAUGUAGUUUAGGUCGGGCUACAGGAUUUAAUAAAGUCCAGUGUGACAGAUUUUUUAAAAAUUUAAAACUUGUCUACGAAAAAACAAAAGUGCUGUCACACAGAAUUUUUAAUAUGGACGAGACGGGACUUUGUACUGUUCCAAACAAGCUCCAUAAAAUUUAUGCAGUAAAGGGCAAAAGAACAGUAUCAAAAAUAGUGUCAGCCGACAGAGGUCAAUUAGUUACUGCAGUAUGCUGUAUGAGUGCCUCUGGUACCUGGGUACCGCCAGGUUUAAUAUUCGCUAGAAAGCGUAUGAAAGAAGAACUUUUUUAUGGGGCACCUCCAGGUACACUGAAGAUGAUAUCUGAUUCUGGGUAUAUGAACACAGAAUUAUUUCUAGUUUGGUUGCACCAUUUUUCAACCUUUGUUAAACCUUCCGAGUCGGAUCCUGUAGUUUUAAUUAUGGACAACCAUAUUUCACAUUGCUCUCUGGAAGCAGUUUUAUUUGCGAGGAGCCAUUUUAUUACACUUUUAACAUUACCACCCCACGGAAGUCAUAAGCUUCAGCCUUUGGACAGAGUAUUCUUCUUCCCCUUAAAAACGGCUUUUUCUGGAGAAUGUGAUAAAUGGAUGGUUAGUAAUCCUGGGAGACCAAUCACAAUGAGAGAAAUGGCAGCGCUUUUCCAUUCAGCUUAUUCAAAAGUCGCUACAAUAGAGAUCUGUGAAAAAUCAUUUGAUUGUACAGGGAUAUAUCCCUACAAUCCUGAUAUUUUUACCGCAGCAGACUUUGCCCCGUCUGAAGUCACUGAUAAAUUUCAUUCAGAUGUAGACCGUCAAGGACAAGAGGAUAUAAAUAGAAAUGAAUUAAUAGAAUGGUCUGAUGAAGAUGAAAUACCACUGGCUGAAUUGCAGCGACAAGAAAAACAAAAAAUAACAAUAGAAAAAGAAAAUAGGACACCAACAAAUAGUCCAAUAUUUAAUCAAAAUCAAAAAGAAUAUGCAAAUCAGAGUCCACGACACAGUUUAUCUUCUGUUAAAUUAAAUGAAUCUGACCCAUGUUGUUCUGUAACACCCAAAAUGAUUCUACCGCUGCCAAAAGCUAAAUACGAGCAAAUUAGGAAAACAAAAUCUAAAAGGUCUGAAAUUCUGUCCUCUACCCCAUAUAAAGAACAUUUAUUAGAACAGACAGAAGAAAAACUAAAGGCACAAAAGGGAAAAAGAAAAAUUCUCAAGUGUAAACAAGCUUCAGCAACUAAAAUAGACAACACUAUCUGUCCAGGAUGCAAUGAAAAUUUUAGUUACUCUGAUUGGUUAAUGUGCCGUGUUUGCCAAACUUGGUGGCAUGAGGACUGUUCUAAUUAUCUUGGAAGUGGUAGUUUCUUAUGCGAUUUAUGUGACAAGUAAUUUUAACGAUUGGUUAACUCGUACAAUUAGAAUGCGUACUCUUAGGAAUUUACGUGCGAAC